UCUCCCACCCCUCAUCUCCACCCCCUCCUCUCUCCCCUGGCCCCGAUUUGCUCCACCCUGUGGGAAUUGGCGUUUUGUGCCGUUUUCCCGGGAAUUUGCCCCAAAAGCGGGUCUCUGUGGCGCAAUCGGCCAGCGCGUUCGGCUGUUAACCGAAAGCCCCAGCCUGGGAAGGGAGGACGCUUCUCCAGGAGGAAAUCCCCGUGGAAGCGGCUGCGGGCUCGGCUGAACCCUGAGCAGGCGAUUUUUGGGAGCGUUCUCCCGGCGCUCCCCCCGGCCAUGGAGCCCUGGGCGCUGCUGGACCCGCGGCAGAAGGAGCUGUACCGGGACGUGAUGCACGAGAGCUACGAGACCCUCAUGUCCCUGGCUCAGGGGCUGGUGAGCGAAAAGGCGGUGGAGGAUGGAGCAGCCGAGCCCGGUGAGGGGCUGGGGGUGGGCUCGUCCCAGGGCCCGGAGCGGGAGAAGCCGCUCGGCUCCCGCCGGCGCAAAGCGAAGCGCCCGGACAGGGCCGUGCCCGCCGGAGCCCCCCGAGCCCCCGCGGCGCCCGGGCCGGGCAGCGCCGAACCCCCGCCCCGAGGGCCGUCCCGGGAGCGGCCCUUCGGCUGCGCCGACUGCGGGAAGAGCUUCCUGUGGGCCUCGCACCUGGAGCGGCACCGGCGCGUGCACACCGGCGAGCGGCCCUUCGGCUGCCCCGAGUGCGGCGAGACCUACAGCCAGAGCUCGCACCUGCGGCAGCACCGGCGCGGCCACGCCGGCGACCGCCCGCGCCGGCACGGCAAACGCGUGGCCGAGCCGGCGGCCCACGGGCACGGCCACGCCGCCCGGCGGCCCCACCGCUGCGGGGACUGCGGCAAGGCCUUCGCCUGGGCCUCGCACCUGGAGCGGCACCGGCGCGUGCACACCGGCGAGCGGCCCUUCGAGUGCCCCGAGUGCGGCGAGGCCUUCAGCCAGGCGUCCCACCUGGCCAAGCACCAGCGCGGCCACGCGGGCGAGCGGCCGCACCGCUGCCCGGCCUGCGGCAAGACCUUCCGGCAGAGCUCGGAGCUGGCGCGGCACCGGCGCACGCACCUGGGCCGGCGGGCGCUGCGCUGCGGGCACUGCGCCCGCCUGUUCCGCGCCGGGCCGGCGCUGGCGCGGCACCAGCGCUGCCACCAGCCCGAGCGCUGCCACCGCUGCGCCGACUGCGGCAAGGCCUUCGUGUGGGCCUCGCACCUGGAGCGGCACCGGCGCGUCCACACCGGCGAGCGGCCCUUCCCCUGCGGCAGCUGCGGCGAGCGCUUCGCCCAGAAGGCCCACCUGCUGCAGCACCGCAAGACCCACUCCCCGGACCGGCCCUACAAGUGCGGCGACUGCGGGAAGCGCUUCGGCGACGCCGCCCCGUUCCUGGCGCACCGGCGCGGCCACGCCGCCCGCAAGAGCUUCGCCUGCGGGCACUGCGGGAAGGGCUUCGCCUGGGCCUCGCACCUCGAGCGCCACCGGCGCGUCCACACCGGCGAGCGGCCCUUCGGCUGCCCCGAGUGUGGAGAGGCCUUCAGCCAGGCCUCCCACCUGGCCAAGCACCGGCGCAGCCACCUCCCCAAGGCCGCGGGGCCGGCGGGGACCCGGCACUGCCCCUCGCCGAGAGCCGGCGCCGGGGGGAGCGGCCCCACGUCAGUCACCACGGGGCCAGCGGGAGCCCACGGCAGCGAGGAGCCCUGAGGGGCUGAGACCCCCCGGGGGGCUGAGACCCCCUGGGGGGCUGAGACCCCCCUUGGAGUGACAGAGGGGGAGGAGGGACAGUGCCCCGAGCGAAAACUCGGCUUGGGGACAGGCCUGAGGACACCCGGUGAUGUUUCAGGGCUGCUGGGGGUGCUCUAGUGGGGUUUACCCACCCCGGUGUCUCCCUGCUCCAGUGGGAUUUACCCACCCUGGUGUCUCCCUGCUCCGGUGGCAUUUACCCACCCCGGUGUCUCCCUGCAGCGAUGGCCUGGACACGCUGCCAUCCCAGGAAAGGGACAACUUGGGCAGAAGGAGCCUCUUCCCAAGGGAAACGGUGCUCGGCUCCACCAGGAAAGGCAGGGGGAGCCGGGUCUGGUUCUGGUGCCAAAAUCCGGCGGUGUCGUGGCUGUUCCUCGUUCCCGUGGGCAGGAGAAGGGGAUGGGGAGGGGAGGACGCUGAGGGGGCAGAGGGAGGUGCUGGC